AUGGACCCCAACUCUACCCCUCAGACUGUGGCCCAGGCCGUGCAGGCUGCCACCCAACAGGCCCAGCAGGCACAGCAGGGCCUGCAGCAGCACGCGCCCAGCAGCACCAUCGACAACCUCACCUGCCAGUGGCAAGGAUGCGGCGAACGCUGCGACUCCGCCGAGUCGCUCUACGACCACGUCUGCGAGCGCCACGUCGGCCGCAAGAGCACCAACAACCUCAACCUCACCUGCGCCUGGGGCGCCUGCCGCACCACCACCGUCAAGCGCGACCACAUCACCUCCCACAUCCGCGUCCACGUGCCGCUCAAGCCCCACAAGUGCGACUUCUGCGGCAAGGCCUUCAAGCGCCCGCAGGAUCUCAAGAAGCAUGUCAAGACGCACGCCGAUGAUCCCGGCCUCAUGAACUCGCCCACGCAGAACAACUCGGGCCGUGGCAGCCUCGCGGGCGCCCUCGGCGUCGGACAACCCAACGGCAAGACUUCCGGCUACUACGCUGCCGGCCAUGACAACUCCAUGGCCAACCCAUACUCCACCUACCAGUCCGCCCUCGGUGCCAAUGCACACAACCCCGGCCACUUCCACCAACACACCGCGCCCGCGCAAUACGCUGGCUAUGGAUCGGUCAGCUAUCCCACCACCACUUCCUCCCACGACAUUCAGAGCCUGGACACCCGCCGGCGUGCCAUCGAGGCCCUGAACGACUUCCUCGGCGACAUCAAGCGUCGUGCCAUCGACCCCCAAAGCUACUAUGACGUUGGCCAGAGACUGCAAGCCAACGCUCUCCCCCUCCCGGUCGGCAAUGGGUACAACACUGGGUACAACAACACCAGCUACAACAACUACAGCAACGUCACCAGCCUGCUUGAGUCGUUCAACAAUAACAACAACAACCACACCACUACCCACAUGGGUGGCCAUGGUGGUGACAUGCACGCAGGUGUCGCCACUCAGAACUACUCCCUGCCAUUGCCCAAUGCUCGCACCAAGAACGACCUGCAAGACAUCGACCGCUUCUUGGAGGAGCUGCAGACUACCGUGUACGAGAACAGCAGCGCGGCCGCGGCGGCUGGCGUCGUCCAACCCGGGGUGCACGCCAUGCACACUGCCGGAGGGUACGGCUUCAACAACAACCAACAAAACCACUACCGCUCCAGCCAAAGCCCUCCCAACUACCGCAAUGACGGCGACAGCGGCCUCAACGCUAUGAGCGGCGUCUCCAUGUCGAACGCCAACAGCAUCGACACCCCGGUCCUCACCCCUGCCUCGAUGUCUUCCUACUCCAGCUCCGGUCACUCCCCGUCGAGCGCACAAAGUCGGAUGAGCCUGGGCAGCAACCAGAUGUACCCCAGCCUUCCCUCCGUCACCGGCAUCUCCGACCUCGGCUCUGGAUAUCCCAUCACCACCUCCGCUCCUCCGUCCAGUCUCUCCUCGGGCUUCGAGGACCUUGGUGGUCGCAGGUAUAGUGGUGGCCGCCUCCAACGACAAGCACCCACCCAGACCCAAGACCGCCCUGACGUUGACAUGGAAGACGCGGAAGACGGCAGCCGUACGCCCAAGGCAUCAGAUGUCAAGCAAUCCCCGAAGAGCGGCAAGGUCAAUAGCAUCGAUCCCGCGCUACGAGGGGAGGAUGUGGCGUCUCCCGCCGAGUCGGUGUCAACGCCCAUUGACGACAAGCGUCAAGAGGAGUGGGUGGAGAACAUCCGCGUAAUCGAGAUGUUGAAGAAGUGGGUCAGCGACCGGUUGAAGAACGGCGAGUACGAAGACGAGGAGAAGACUGCUGCUGCCCUCAAGCACGCCGUCGACGAGGACGACGACAUGAGUGUGAAGAUUGCCAAGCUGGUGGAGGAAAAGAUGGCGGAUGCUGAGGGUGAGGUGCAAUACCCCACUCUCCCGCCCGCGUAA